AUGGCGAAGAUGACUGUGACAAUUGGAGAUGGUGAAGCAGCGACGUUUGAGGCAUAUUGCGGUUACUCGGGUGGCCCAACGAGCAGACCACAACCAGUAAACCACAGUGCUAGUGUUCGUGUCAUUCUACAGGUUUCUGCUAUUUUGGUGUUCGGAGACUCCACUUCUGAUCCUGGAAACAACAACUACAUUCUGACCCCUUUCAGGGGCAAUUUCACACCUUAUGGGAGAGAUUUUGCAAACCAAAAAGCGACAAUGAGGUGUACCAAUGGAAAGAAACACAAUCCUAAUUUUUGA